GGGAAGGAUCAGCCCACUCUUGGGUGCGUAUGACUCGUGCCGAACUUGCUGUAUCAUGACACUCCCCGGGUUGUUUUAAUACUUCACUUAAACCCAGAAGUGCUCAUAGGAUACCUUUGACCGCCCAACCGUACCGUCGCUUUGCCAUCAGAUUACGCAUCAUAUCACCAUGGAGGACAUUGUAUCCACCAAGCCGAAGGUAUCACUGGAGACCACGGAGAAAAUUGUGGCGCAAUUGGACAAUUUGCCACUUCCCGAGGAACUGCAACAUCUCGACGAAGAUGAGCGAAUAAGGCUCGAGCGCAGCCUCGUGCGAAGGCUUGACUGUACCCUCAUGCCCGUUGUAGCAUUAUUGUUUUUGUUAAACAUUUUAGACCGCAAUAACAUUGCCAACGCGAAAAUUGCGGGCUUGACAGAGACCUUGAACAUCACAAAUUCACAAUACAACACCUGUUUGAUGAUCUUCUAUGUUGGCUAUGUUAUUACGCAACUUCCGUCCAACAUGAUUAUCACAAAAGUCCGUCCUUCGUGGUAUAUAUGCUGUAUCACCUCAGCGUGGGGGGUUGUCUCUAUGUGCCAGGCAUUCACCAAGAACUACGGCGGACUCUUUGCCUCAAGGUUCAUACUCGGGCUGGUUGAGGCACCUUUUCUACCCGGCGUAUUCUACCUGAUGAGCUGCUGGUACAGUCGUGCGGAGCUCCCUCCAAGAAUUGCUAUAUUAUACGGCAGCAACAUGCUCGCGAGCGCUUUCGGUGGGCUUAUAGCCGCUGGCAUUGUCUCGCGGAUGGAAGGCAAAGGUGGAAGGCCUGCUUGGGAAUGGCUCUUCAUCAUUGAAGGCAGCAUGACCGUAGUGAUUGCACUCCUCUGCGUACCGAUCCUUCCAGACUUCCCUCUGCAAAAGUCCAGUCCCAUUCUCAAGCGCGAACACCAACUCUACGCCGAAUAUCGCCUUCGCAAAGAAAACGCGGGUAUUCGCGACGAGGACCCGGAGUCCAUCUGGUGGGGUCUCAAGCAAGCACUGCUAGACCCAAAGUUGUACAUGUUCAUCAUCUUGCAGAUGAUGUUGAUUACUGCUCAGUCCUUCAACAACUUCUUCCCGUCCAUCGUUGGUACACUAGGCUACGAUACGACCGUGACGUUGCUUCUCACUGCACCGCCAUAUAUCUUCGCAUUCAUCGUUUCUCUUUGCAUCUCAUUCCACGCGGCACAUAAGAAAGAACGAGGUUGGCACAUUGCUAUUCCUAUGAUGUUCGGAUUGCUUGGUAAUCUCUUGGCGAUGUUCGUCCCUUCUUUAGGUGGUCGUUACUUCUCCAUGUUUCUCAUGACAUCGGGUACAUAUGCACCCUACAAUCUCUGCGUGUCGUGGCUCUCAGCGUCGCUGCCUCGUCCAGCAUCCAAGCGCGCCGCGGCACUCGCUAUAAUCAACUUGAUGGCCGCAGGUGUAGCACAUUUUUACACUAGCUAUGCUUUUCCCGACACGCAGAAGCCGCGUUAUUAUGGCGGUGGCGGCAUGAUGAGCGCGGCGUGUCUUAUCUGUGCAGGGAUGGCAAUCUUCAUUAAGUACUACUUGAAGAGGCAAAACGCAAAUAUGGAGAGAGAGGAAUUAGAAGAGGGCCGAGUUGGAGGUGGCAUCAAGGGAAGCAAGGCUGGUCAUGGUGGUGACGCUAUUGUUCGGUUCAGAUAUGUUCAUUGAGUUGGGAGGCAAGCAGUGGUGGAGCUGUGCUCCUCUAUACAUACAGCUUAGCCGUGGAAUGCCUAUGCGACUUCCUCCAUUCAAUAUAUUAGAGGCAUGUCAUCUUGAACCCAUGACUAUCUCAGAGUGUACUUUGAAUGACAGUAUGAUAUACGCUAUUUCGUGACCCCAACAGAUUAUUUCGUUUUACGUUUUCCUCGAAGCAAUACCUGAAUCACAGAUAAGCUGAAAAUGAAAUGAGAGAAUUGGUCGCGCUCAAUAUUUGAGCCUCGUUGCUUUGACUUCCUGAGAUGGCAUUGCGGUGCCUCGGAUGACACCCCGGACGCUGGGACUUUGUCGAAACGAUGCUGAGUCACCUGAUCGUUCGGCAAUGACCAAUUUGCCCUCGGUAUGCUACCGAGCUUGUGGGGGCCCAAGUUUCUCCGGAGUUCACGCCUUGAGUCC